GCUCAUGGACCAAAAUUUUGAAAUUAGAAGUUCAUAAAGCUUUUCCAACUAACUAACCACAUAAAUCCAUAUUGCAGUUUACUCAUUGUAUGACCAAAAUUAGACGUAAGUUUGAUUUUUAUAAUAUUUUUGCUUAGAAACAACAACAGGCUAGCAGAUCAAGAUUCAAUUUUACUACGGCAAGCAAUCAAGCUUUUGUCAAUACCUUUCUUCCCAAAUAACCAAACACCACCUUCACUUGCAACAAUGGGAACGGAGUCCCCCAGAUCAUCAGUGGAGAUAUCAGAACCCUUACUCAACAACACAACCCUCGAAUCAGAAGUAGAAACAAUACCCGGAUGGAAAGAUCAGAUCACGUUACGUGGGUUAAUCGUCAGUGCUUUAUUGGGGACCCUUUUUUGCAUCAUCACACACAAACUCAAUCUGACGGUUGGGAUCAUCCCAUCAUUAAACGUUGCAGCUGGGUUGCUGGGGUUCUUUUUUGUGAAAUCUUGGACUACUUUUGUUAACAAGUUGGGGUUUUUUGUUAAGCCUUUUACUCGACAAGAAAACACUGUUAUUCAGACUUGUGUUGUUGCUUGUUAUGGCCUUGCUUUUAGUGGUGGAUUUGGGUCAUAUUUGCUUUCAAUGGAUGAAAGAACUUAUAAUUUGAUCGGCCCGGAUUACCCCGGUAAUCGGGCUGAAGAUGUUAAGAACCCGGGGUUGUUGUGGAUGAUGGGUUUUAUUUUUGUUGUCAGUUUUCUUGGCCUUUUCAGUCUUGUUCCGCUUCGCAAGGUCAUGGUAAUGGAGUAUAAGCUUACAUACCCUAGUGGAACCGCUACUGCGAUGCUGAUAAAUAGUUUUCACACUACCACUGGUGCAGAGCUUGCAAGGAAACAAGUAAGCUCUCUUGGAAAGUAUUUAAGCAUAAGUUUUGUGUGGAGUUGCUUUAAGUGGUUCUUCAGCGGUGUUGGCGAUGCAUGUGGUUUCGACAAUUUUCCGAGUUUUGGGUUGAUGCUAUACAAGAACACAUUUUACUUUGACUUCAGUCCAACCUAUGUGGGAUGUGGUCUUAUUUGUCCUCACAUAGUCAACUGCUCGGUUCUUUUCGGAGCUAUUAUAUCAUGGGGCUUUCUUUGGCCCUACAUUACUACACGCGCAGGCGAUUGGUAUCCCGCUGAUCUCGGCAGUAAUGACUUCAAAGGUCUCUAUGGAUACAAGGUUUUUGUAGCCAUUGCCCUUAUUCUCGGUGACGGUCUUUAUAAUCUGAUUAAAAUUGUCACCAUCUCUGUUAAGGCCAUUUGGAACAAUAGCACCAAACAACAAAAUCUCCCUGUAACCAAAGAGAUUCUAGAUUCCGAGACGUCCGAAUUACACGCGGAGCAACAAAAACGAGAUACCGUGUUCUUAAAAGACAACAUCCCAACGUGGUUUGCAGCCUCCGGAUACGUGGUUCUGGUAGCGAUAUCCAUGGCUACAAUGCCGCUCAUUUUCCCACCGCUAAAAUGGUACCUAGUUCUCUGCUCUUACAUAAUCGCCCCCGCACUCGCGUUCUGCAACUCCUACGGAUGCGGUCUAACCGACUGGAGUCUCGCUUCAACCUACGGAAAAAUCGGCCUAUUCAUCAUCGCAUCAUUAGUCGGAACCAACGGAGGCGUGUUAGCCGGAUUAGCCGCAUGCGGAGUCAUGAUGUCGAUCGUCGCAACAGCCGCCGACCUAAUGCAAGACUUCAAAACCGGUUACCUAACCUUAUCAUCCGCCAAAUCAAUGUUUGUAAGCCAGUUAGUUGGAACCGCAAUGGGCUGCGUUAUCGCACCACUCACGUUUUGGAUGUUUUGGACAGCGUUCGAAAUCGGAACACCUGAUAGUCCGUACAAGGCACCGUACGCAAUCAUAUACCGAGAAAUGGCGAUUCUCGGCGUUGAAGGUUUUUCUGAGCUCCCACAACAUUGCCUUGCUUUAUGCUGCGGGUUCUUUGCGGCUGCACUGGUUUUAAACCUGGUUAGGGACUUUGCUCCUGCAAAAGUGGCUCAGUUUGUUCCGAUACCAAUGGCAAUGGCGGUGCCGUUUUACAUCGGAGCUUACUUUGCGAUCGAUAUGUUCGUUGGGACGGUGAUAUUGUUCGUGUGGGAGCGUAUUAACAAGAAGGAUGCAGAGGAUUAUGCAGGGGCAGUUGCUUCGGGUUUGAUUUGCGGGGAUGGGAUAUGGACGAUACCGUCUGCGAUUCUGUCGAUUUUACGAGUUGAUCCGCCGAUCUGUAUGUACUUUGGGCCAUCGGUCAGUUCGUGAGCAGGAAGGUAAGGUAAUUCAUGUGUUUGUAACUGAAAAAAUGGCAGUUGAGAUCUGUAAAUAUAAUCUGACUUUCAGUAAUGGUUCUGUAAUUGGUUCUUGAGACUAAUUCCCAUUUCUUCAAAUGUUGUUUCAUCUUGGCCAUAACUACGAUCACGAAAUAAUAAUGUUUGAUUGGUGCA